UUUUGUAUUUGAGGCUGCUGCUGGGCUAAAAGUGGAGAGAAGAGAAACGUCCAAAUAAAUGUGUGCCAUAGCAGGGCAUAAAACCUCUACACGGCACAGAUGAAAUGUUACUCUACAAACCGGGUAAAACUAGAAAAAAAAAACACGAGAGUUUGUGUGUAUCGCAGAUACAAAGAUUAUUCGACUUUUUUCCGCCAUGGCCGAUUGCCACUUUCCACGGACUCGCCCUUUCAUCACAGUAUAAAAAUGAAGCGGGAAACCCAAAAAACGCGACAGUUGUAUCUAGCGCAGCUUUGACGACGGACAAUUUGGAAAUGGUGGAGAAGUGUUCGUUGACGUGCCAGGUGUUACUGUUAACAUGUACAUGUUUUACGGCUACUAUUGCCAAGCCGAAUAUGGCGCCCGCAAAUUCCAUUGCCAGUUUUCUAAAUUGGAAUGAGCACGAGUCACAUUGCGGAGGCCAGCAUCAAUCACCCAUCAAUAUCGAAUCGAAUAAGGCCUUCCUAGCCAACUACCCCGAAUUCAUUUUCCACCAAUAUGACCGUAUUUUUCCCGAAAUAUUAGAGAACGACGGGCACACUGUUGAGUUGAAGAUUGAAGAGCAAGGCCUGUGCGAGGAAUUGCCUUUCAUCUCCGGCGGAGGCCUGGGCGACCGCUACAACUUUGUACAGCUACACUUCCAUUGGGGCGAAAGUGUACGUGGCAGUGAGCACAGAAUUAAUGGCAAGCAAUAUCCCGCCGAAAUGCACAUCGUUCACUACAACUCGAAAUAUGGAAACUUUAAUGAUGCUCUACCACACGCAGAUGGAUUAGCUGUCUUGGGGGUUUUGAUUGAGCUGCAACCGAGAGACAACAUCGCAUUCCGACAUCUGGAACAAUUUGAUAACAUCGUCAAUCCUAGUACCACCAACACCGAUGCUUUGCAGUUUUCUGUGCCGCUGUCGGAGCUUCUACCUGAUAACACUGGCAGUUUCUUCCGAUACAAUGGUUCGUUGACUAGUGGAAAUUGCAACGAAGAUGUCAUCUGGACGAUUUUUGACACGCCAAUCGCUAUUUCUGAACGACAGUUGGCAAAGUUCAGACGGCUACGUGAUGAACACGGAAACGAAUUGAUAGAAAAUGUCCGGUCAACUCAGCUUCUGCACGAUCGAGUUGUUAUGUACCGUCCACAGUCAAAUCCUUCAAGUCCAUUACUUUCAUUACCAGACCUUAUCUCAGCGAUAGAAUUUCCACUUGAGUAAACAACAAUGUUGUUCUUUUGCGCGCAGACAUAAAAAAAAUGGCUUAACAGCCUUGAUCUUGUUAACCACGUCCUAUAACCAAUACGCUAGCUGUUCAUCUUCUUACUAAUCUACUAAAUUAUAAUGUCGUCUUAACUGACAUCGUACAUUUCCCUCGCUCAAACAAAAUUGGGCUACUUUGACGUUGUAUGCCGCUCUCCACACUCAGCAACCUCCGGUAACUGCUAUGAUCAGCAAACCCUCUCUUUUUUAUUAUUUUAUCUCGUUUAUUCUGUCUUUUAUCUGAAAAUAGGUAAUAAAUAUUUUUCAA